CGGCGGCAGUCGUCGCACCCGGCGUCGUCCGUGCGUGGGGGACUGAUGUAAACAAGCGACGUCGUCGUCGCCGUUGCUGCUGCAAAUCGCACACAUUCGUCGCAUCAGCAGCUCGGAACGCUCAGAUGUUAAUUGAAGUAAUAUGCCUUCUUACAAGUUGACUUACUUCCAUCUCACAGCAUUGGCUGAGCCAAUUCGCUUCUUGUUGAAUUAUGCUGGGAUUGAGUUUGUGGAUGAACGUAUCGAUAAAAAUGAUUGGCUAAAACUUAAACCAACUAUGCCAUUCGGCAAAGUACCUGUACUGGAAGUGGAUGGAAAGAGAGUAAAUCAGUCCGUAGCUAUCUGCCGCUACUUGGCGAAGCAAUGUGGUCUUGCUGGCAAGAAUGAUUGGGAAGCUCUGGAAAUUGAUUCAGCAGUUGAUACCAUUCAAGAUUUAGUUGAGAUUCUUUAUCAGAAUUCUGUGCGAGCUAAAAAACAGAAAGUUGAGAUUGUCGACGAGAUGGUGCAGUAUUAUUUGGAGCGUCUGGAUGCUCAGGUAAAGAAGAACGAUGGUUAUUUUGUCGGUGGUGCUCUGACGUGGGCCGACUUUACUUUCGUCGGUCUUUUGGAUUACGUGAAUAAUCUGGUUAAAGGAAAUAUUGUUGAAAAGUAUGAGAACCUGAAACAACUUCAAAAGAAAGUUGAGGAGAUACCGGCCAUCAAAAGUUGGAUUGAGAAACGUCCACUAUCUCGAUACGAAAAUUAUAUGUGAAACUAUGGAUAAUUUCGUAGAGUAAUGUUUGACUUUUCGACAAAGUUUGUUUGAUUUUAAUAAAAUGUUAAUUUUUUUGUACAUGUUUAUAUCUAUGAUAAAUGCGUACAAUCUAAAAUUUUGCUAAAGGUCCAAAUAUCUUCCUGUUAAAUACAAUACCUGUUUAUAGAUAUUUACACAUUAAUAAAAAUGUUGUGAGAUUACUUCUAAUUAUAUUUUUGAUUAACUUUGUAUUUUUAAUAAAUCUGUACUAAUUGCUACUUUUA